AUGGUAUUUUACAUUUCCUCAAAGGGUAACAAAAUAAAUGAUUACAUUAUAGCUAGAUCGGUGAGUUCUACGAGAGAUUAUAUUAAAGGCAUCAGAAAGGACGAUUCGAAACAUACAAAAAGUGCAGGAAACAGUAGGAGUGGUAGUAUAUUAGAUAGCAGCACGCAAAUUGGUAGUAACAGCCAAAUUGGUAGUAACAGCCAAAUUGGUAGCAACAGCCAAAUUGGUAGCAACAGCCAAAUUGGUAGCAACAGCCAAUUUGGUAGUAACAGCCAAAUUGGUAGUAACAGCCAAAUUGGAAGCAACACCCAAAUAGAUAACUACUUCGAAAUCAGCGACGGUGCCAAGGUUAGGAACGACAUAAAGAUUGGGGACGGAAUAAACAUUUUAAAAGAAAGCAACCAAAAGAACCAUAAGGACAUUGAGCACAAUUUUUUUAAUUUUAAAAAUGGUAUAAAUAAUUCUGUUGAUUUGGGCGUGUUCAUAAAAUUAAAAGAUAUUAAGAGUUUAUCAAACGACAAUAUUCAUGAAAUUAAUAAGCUAUUAAGAAAGGAGAAAGAGAAGGACAGAGAGAAAGAGAAAGAAAAAAGACCAAGCGCUGAGUUUAAGGAUCCUAAUCACAAAAAGAAACAAGAACAUUUAGAAGACGAGAAAAAACGAUCCAAUACAUCAUCGCAAGAAUUUAUAGUUCAAUGUAAUCAGCAGUUGGACUAUACUAAGCAGAAGCAUAAGAGACAGGUACGUCAACUGAAAAAGCAACAGCAGCAGCAACGGCAGCAACAACAGCAGCAGCAACGGCAGCAACAACGGAAGCAACAACGGCAGCAGCAACGACAGCAGCAACGACAGCAGCAACGACAGCAGCAACAGCCUUUGGAGGAAGAAGAAGAGGAAUCGAUUUACGUAAAGAAGUAUAACAAGAGAAAAGAAAGAAAAAUAAAUCUCUGCUCUCAGAUUAGUGAUACAUUUCGAGAGAGUAACAGAACUGGUGAGAGUAAAAGCAUUCGCGAGAACAUUGGGCUGAGGGACAGUUCAUACAUUAGGCAGAUCGACUAUAGCCUUUGGAACCGUUUUGGAGAGCGUAACCGUGAUAAUAUAUUAAAUAUAAAAGGGGGUACAAUUGAUAAAGAAAAAAGGAAAUAUAAUAAAAUGAAUAGCAAUAAUACUGAUGUUCUUGUUAAUAGUGGAAAUAACAACAAUUGCAAUGUGAGAAGUAACAGUAUUAGAGACUCUGGGAACGUACGAGGAGGCAGUGUCAGAGGUGGUGGUAUGAGAGGAAAUUGCGUUAGAGGUAAUAACAUCAGAAGUAGUAGCGUUAGAAGUAGCAGCAUAAGAAGCAACGGUAUAAGAAGCGACAGUAUGAGAAGUAGUUCAAUCAGAAACAGUAAUAAUAGUAAUCAUAAAAGUAAUAACAAUGAGUACUAUAAUAAUUAUAACUACAAGCAUGCUUAUGAGGAUAAUAGAUCGAGAGAAUUGUUUAUUCAAGAAGAAAAUAUAAACGUGAAAAAACAGCGCAAUACUGAUAUUAAUGAGUUUGACCAUAUAGAAAUUGUUAAUAAUAUGUCAGAUAAUGAAAAAAAUGAACAAAUAGAGGAACAAAUAAAAGAGCUAGAAGAAUUGGACAUUUUGGAAAGAAGAAGAGAUGGCAGGCUAAAUGACAGUGGUGGCCCAUAUCAAACCAUUAAAAAGGAGGAGGACAAAUUUAGAAAAGUUCAGAAAGGAGAAGGAGUCAUACCAGGAAUAAUAGCAUCAAAGGGGUCAACAAUCGAUAGAACCCGUUUAAAUAAUCGUGACACUGAAUAUUAUGAACAUAAUUCCCAAAACAACUUGCAUAAACAGAUGCAUGUUAAGCGUAACCAUGUAAAUCUGAGCUCGGGUAAAAAGCAGAAUGAAGUAAUAGCAGAAAUGAGCAGAGCAGAAUUGGGCACAGCAGAAUUGGGCAGAGAGGAAAUGAGCAAAGCAGAAAUGAGCAGAACAGAAAUGAGCAAAGUGCAUGUUCAAAAAACGAAAGGUGAAGAACACAAACGGUUUAUCGAAGCAAGUACUUUUAAUAUAUCAUACGACGAUAAUAACAAUGAUAAGAAUAAUAGGAAUGCCAGUAAUAAUGAUCCUGUAAGUAAGUAUAUAAACAACAGCAACAAUAACUACAGUAUUGGUAAUAACGGAUCAAUCAAUGCCACUACCAACGUUAAGGGUGGACGGAUUUUGAGAAAUCUCCAAAGGACCAGUAUUUCUGUUGAACAGAAGGAAAGUGGCAAAAAAGUCUCCAAGAAGCUCACAACUGAAAUAGAUGCAACAAAUAAUGUAGUAGUAGUACAUAAUAGAAGAAAAAGGAGAAAAAAUUUGGAUGACAGCAACAAUGGAUAUCUUGGAAAUGAAUCUAUAUACAGGAUGAAAUCAGGGGUAGUAGACGAUAACAUCUUUACCAUUGUGAAAUCAGAGAGUAUUAUACAUGAUCACGUUAUGAGUGAAGAUACUAUGAAUCAUGAAGUGGAGAGUAAUGUUAACGGGUUUAAUGCUUAUGACAGUAACUGUAAUGGUGGUGUUAAACAGGAAGGAAAUGAACACCAAAAAAAUAAGCAUGCAAAUAGACCUAGUGCAAUUAAGUACGACAAAAUAAAUGAAUCAAACAAGAGCAGGAGUGGUAGUGCUUAUGUUGAUGCUAAUAUUUACGCGGGAGGUAAUAACUCCAUAAAUGUUAAUAACUCCACAAAUGUGAUUAACUCCACAAACGGUAAUAACACCACAAACGGUAAUAACACCACAUACGGCAAUAAUACCACAAAUGUUAAUAAUUCCGCACACAGUAAUAAUGUUGUGAGAAAUAGAUCCCCUAGUAUAGAGGGAAACUCGAAUCGAGACGAGAACGACGAGCCUGAUGAGAGGGACAAGAAAAAGUGUGAAAUUUACAAUCGAUAUAAUAACAAGCACCAUGAGACAAAGAAUGAAGGUCCCACGAAGGAAAGUAAUAAUAACAAGAAAGUAGGAAGAAUGUCUGAUAAUAAUCACAAUAAAGUAAAUGAUGGAAAAAACGGCAUGAAAACGCACCAUACACAUACAAAAACGUCUGUAAAAACAAAUGAUCAACAAACUUUUGUACAUGCAAGAGGAGGUAUGAAAAUGAAAGGGUACCGAUAUAAGAAAAAAGGAAGAGCUUUUCAAAAAUUGAAUACAAAUACGAAUACAUAUAGUUCCAAAGGUGUAAACAAAAAUAAUGAAUCUAAAUUUGGUCAUUCUGCAAAUGCUACUACAUCACAUUCUCAAAAUUUUGAAAAAAAAGAAUUUUUAAAAAACGAAUAUAACCAAGAACAUUUAAAUCAUGAAAAAAUAAAAACUUCUUCUGGAUCUCAUUUUAAUGCUCACAGAAAUGGAAAAAACAACUAUGCAGAUAGUAACGAUAAUGAUUAUAUGAAUAACGACAACCUGUCGAACAAUCACUCUUCUCGGUUCAAUGGGGUAUAUUCUGAUGUCGAUAAUGAUAAUGAGCAAAAAAAACGGAAGAAACGGGUCACAGAGGAAGGCUCAAAAGAAAGCAGCAAAAUAAACGUAGGAGACAAUUAUCAAGUGCCCAAAUUACCAAAUUUUUUUUUGUGCCGUUCAGAAUUAAUGUAUAAAAAUUACGAUUCAGCUGAAGAGACAAAUAAUGAUCAGAUUUGCCUAACUUGUUCAGGUUUGCCCUGUCAUUGUCGUGUAGGAGAAGCAACAUUAGUAUAUUCACCAUUAAUGUUAGAAAAAGUAAGAGAAAAAUGUAUGAAAAAUAGAGGUUAUCACAAAUGUGUAAAGAACGAAAUUGAAUUAUCUGCAUAUGUACAAGAAUGUGCAAAAAGUUGGAAAUCAAAUAUAGACGAAUGGGUACCAUUUUCACCUGAGUAUGCAUAUAAAUUAUUGCAUUAUGCAAAUUAUGACCCACAUAAAGCAAUAAGUAUUAUGAAGUCAUCAGAAUUUUCCUUUAGAAAAAUUAUGGAUCCUCCCACAAGGAAAUAUCAGAACAAAUGGAAGCCAAAGGAUAAACGGGAACAUAUUUCCAAAAACCCUUUUCCAUCCCCAUUAACCAUAAGGACAUACCUCUCCAAGAGGCAUCAUAUUAGUGGGUAUCACCUCAGAUGA